UAGACCACAUAAAAGCUUUCCAGCAUUUGAAAGUCACUAUACUCGAUCACAAAAUCCAGAAUGAAUGUUUUUAAAUCCGGAAUUAAAUAUAAGAAAAAUGUACAAUUUAUACUUGGAAAAAUGCAAGGAAAACAACUUGAGCUCAGUUAAUGAAUGGACGUACAGGAAAAUCUUUAAACGAGAUUUUAAGUUACGCUUCCAUUUGCCACGUAAAGAUACCUGUGCGAAAUGCGAUUUCUUAAACAUGAAAAUUAAGACAAUAACUGAUGACGAAGAAAAAAUUAUUCAUGUAGAAAGACAUGAUGUUCACUUGCAAAAUGCUGAAUUAUCAAGAAAAGCAUUACAAGAAGAUAAAAUUCUAGCAUCAGAAAAUCCUGAUAAAUACUUUGCCUUCACUUUUGAUUUACAAAAAGCCUUACCUUACCCGAAAUUGUCUGUCUCAAUCGCAUAUUACAAGCGAAAUAUGUACGUCUUAAACGAGGGUUUUCACAAUUUCCACGAUAAUAAAGUUAAUAUGUAUGUGUGGGACGAAACCAUUGCUUCUAGGGGAUCGCAAGAGGUGGCUUCUUGCUGUUUGAAGCAUUUAGAAAAUGUAACGACCCAAAGCCAUGUUAUUGCCUACAGUGACAUAUGUACUGGGCAAAAUCGAAAUUUACAAAUGGCAUUGAUGUGGUUGAAGGUUGUCCAGUCGGAAAAUAACAUUGAGAUAAUUGAUCACAAAUUUUUACUCUCGGGGCAUUCAUACCUUCCGAACGAUGCAGAUUUUGGCAUCAUAGAAAUGGCAUUGCGGAAAAAGAAUUUUGUGUACACACCACAGGAUUACUAUAACGUAAUAGCGCAAUGUAGAAAACAUGAUAAAUUCAUUUUACAUGAAAUGAAACGGGGGUAUUUCAUUUCAACAAAAAAUCUCCAAAAUGCGAUUAAAAAGCAGAUAAAAAAAAAUACUAAUGGAGAACAGGUCAAUUGGUUGCAAAUAUGUUGGUUGAGGUUCCUCAAAAGUGCACCAUAUACCAUUUUUUAUAAAACAACGAUGAAGGACGCAGAAUUUAAAAUUAUAAAUUUAUUACCUAUACGACCUGGAAGACUACUAAAAUUUGAAAAAAUCGCCCUGGUGCCUAUGUACCAAAAUACCAGGCCUAUUACUUACGAAAAAUAUAAAGACAUGAAGCAGUUAUUACCUUAUAUACCUCCGGUGCAUCAUGCAUAUUUUGAAACACUACCACAUGCAGAGAAUAAAAAGUUCUUCGGAGUACUCUGGACAGUCGGAUCAACGUAUAACAGUCGGAAUGAUUGUUGAUGAAUUACUAAAGUUUCCAUGAGUAAACAAUCUAUCCCCAUGAGUCUGCAACCUCCGUACGUUUUGAAACAGGGAGCAGUGUCUAGACAUUCCAGCUGAAGGGAGCUCAAACUUAACAGUGUUACAGAGAGUGGAACAACCCCUCUGGCGGUAUGUGACUUUCCAAGGAGGAGACAUUCAAGGGGAAAAUGCCGUCGAACAGUUUAAUUGUUUAUAUGUGACAAAUAACGUAACAGCAGUUUCAUUGCUUUAUAGACACACUUUCGCUGCAGGACAAAAAAGAUAGCGCACAUUUUA